AUGUCCAUCCUAGGAGCCUCCUCUCAUAUGAGCGUGGACACUUUCUCUACUGAGUUCGUCAGAAUGUUUUGGGCUCCCUGUGGAGUUACCAUAGCGUGGCUAAUGCAGUAUGGGAUGAUUGACUUCAUUUGCAUCGGAGCUAGUCGCACAUACUUCAACUGGGGUUUCCCGAAAGGAUCCGAGGGCGCCCCAGAACCGCUUGCUCGAGCCAUGAGGGUGCAUAUAAAUCAACUCGAAAACAGUAACCACAUGCUCUUCACAAUGUGGAUGUGUGCAUUAUGUGGUCGCCCGACCUUCGCUGCUGCCUGUGGGGCUCUCUGGGUCACCGUAAGAUGUCUAUACGGUUUCAAGUAUCGCAUGACCAAAGGAACCUUGAAGGGCAUUCUACAGUUCACCAUCCCCAGCUACCUAAUCGUACACAUUCUCUAUUUCAGUAACGACCAGUUCAUACUGUCAAUAAUAAUCUUAUUAAUAUACCCCAUAGGGGCGUAAUGGUAUAGUAAAUAGGCAUUUAUAACUUUAUCCUAGGUGUAGGAUUAAUACAAUGUAGUUUCACCCUAGUCACUAGGGCGUGUAUUUCAUAUCACUAAGGCCUAGUGAUAUGAAAUACACUAGUGAAAAACAUAUUUCACGACUACUACAGGCCGCGGAUAUCGCGUUUUUCACCGAGUUUUACGCCACUUCACGUAAAACGGGUGAAACUCUAAUAUAUCAUCGUAUAAUAAUUAUAUGAUAUUGAUAUGGAUAUUACUGUAUGGUUUAUGAUGAUUAUACCCCUAUAGAUACCUAAUAAUGGUGUUGAUAAUAUUUACUCUUACAUAUUAUGUAUCUACGUUUAUCAUCAAUGUCAUUACGAUUAGCCAUAUAUCCUAUUAACAGGGAAAUCGCUUGUUCGCAUUUUUAUGAGCUUCCGUUUGACACAUCUUAUGCUGUAUCACAUUUCUGCAUUCUUCAGGUACCAUUCAAAGCAUUUUGAAAGUAGCCUUCGGGUUCGACAAUUUCACGUCCAAUCUCAGCGCGGCCGGAGUAGUUCUCACCGCUUAUCUACUCACGCUGGGCACUGCUAAACUCCAGAGGAAACAAUGCGAGAUGUGGGAUAAGGAGCAGAAGAAAAAAUAGGGAGAACAUGAGGCUCCAACAUGAGAGCUGGCUGGGCUUUUUUUAUUGAAGGCUCUGUCUUCACCAGCAGCCACAUACUACA